AUGGCUUUAACUCCUGUUCAAUAUGCUAUGGUUGUGGCCAGCCUAGGCACUGCAUCCUUUAUCCUUGGAAUUUUGGCUGAAAUCAAGAAGCCAGCAGCAGGGGAAGCCAUUACUGGAAAAGGAGUUAUAAUAUGUAAAUAUCCAUACGAUCCUUCGGUGUUCCUCGGAUACAUCUCGACCGCACUUCUUGUGGCUGCCUCAGUUGCCGGAUAUCUCUCUCUAUUUUACCCUUACAAAGGCAAAUCUGUCCCAAGGACUGCGAUUUUCAGCUCCAGAUGGUGCACUUCUUACAUCUCUAUUGCAUUGGGCUCAACAGUGUUUGCUGCAAUAUUUCUAAUAUGGCCAACUAUACAAGGCCACAUCCACCACACCAAAAAUGUCCACACCGACCUCGAAUUUGACUGUGCCACGGCAAAGACGGGCCUACUCGGUGGCGGUGCCUUUGCCUCCCUAAACUCGUCGCUUUUGUGGUUGGUUGCUCUCAUGCUCGCGAACAAUGCGCGUGAGGACUACUUUCAAGAUGCCGAGUCGAGCGAGCUAAUAUAA